GGGCUGUUUACACUAGUCUAAUUGACGUCGGGCCGCUCCCUCAGCGCGUAGCCUUCCAUUGUAUGCGGUCUCAGCCUCCCACGGGAGCCUCUCCCGGAGUCUCAACCGUCUCACCAGUGAUUUCUUCGCCAUGCCUCUCUUUCUCCCGGACUAUAUCUCCCUGGUGGUCUCAGUGGGAGCGCUUAUCACUCUCGUUGAAUCACCAGGUACGUUCCGUCUUUCUCGUAGUGUUUCCUUUAGCUUACGUUUCGCUCUCGUCGAAUCGACAGAGCUUUCGUGUUUUUAGCACCCACCCUGGACAGUACUCUUCUUACCUUCGACAUGGACAAUUCGGACUAGCGGACGGACUUAUUCAUGAACACUUGCUUCGUUUACAAACUCAUGUACAGUACUGUCUCCCUCCCAGCGCUCACACACGCGGAGGCUGGUUUCUCAAAUUGGACUUGUGCCAAAAGGGUGAUUUUUUGGUAAACUCGUACGAUCGGUCGGACACUCGUCGACCAAUUAGCACUGUACAGAUUCACUAUUGUCGCGAUUUUCCUGCUUUUAGACCGUUACAUUCAAAUGAUCACUAAAUGUAAUCAAUGGAAUGAAUAUACUAAAACCUUUUAGAGUACACACCU